AUGUCGAUAUCGUCGUCGACAGAGGGUACCAGUUACGGGAAGCCAUAUUCUCGAAUUUUAGCCUAUCAAUUUCCACCGCAAACGACGGCGCAAAAUGGAAGCACCGACUAUGAGGAAAUCGACGUCAAAAAAGAGCCAGACGAUGAGCAAAAAUUAGAGGACGACGAUGAUGAUGUAUUUAUUCGGCCCUCAUUGAGAGACGACGCUCCGCUAGCCGGAAUAUUGCAUCCGUCACUGGACAAUGUUGAUCCAAAGUUGUUCUUCAAAGAUUACAAACGCAAUGGCGUUUUGCGAUUUUCGCGAAUAUUCGCGGCGAAUAUCAAACCGUCAUCGAAACCCGAAAUUUGGUGGCCGAGCAAAACGUUCUACAAGAAAAAGAAGGCGAAUCACGAGCCGAGCAAUGAUGGAAGUUUGGUGCCGGAAAAGAAGAAGCUGAAAUUGGAGAUUGUCGAGAAUCCGACGUUGGAUAAAUUGCGAAACGAUCAAGAGGAGGCCCUGAUUCGAAGCACGUCGUCUGAGCAGGAAGCGACGAACGCGAAAAAGAAUGGCGAUGAGGUUGUGCAGCCGUGGCGAGUGGGUCCCGCCAAAAUUUGGUACGACAUGAUGAAUUUGCCGUCGACAUCGACGAACGUCAAUUAUGGAUUUCGACUGAUGCCGAAAUCGCAUUCAACGAGUCCACCGCGGCCGACGGCGUCGACGACAUCAGCCGCCCACCAACCCAGCACGUCUCGAAUGACAACGGAUGGUGUUGAUCGGAAAAUCGAAACGAAUGAUGACAUGAUCUACCCGUACAAGUUGGUCGAAUGGGAGAAGAAGGUGCUUCUCGAUGGCGAUCACGUCAAACAGCGGCUGAACGAAAUUGUGAAAGAGUUGACGAAUGAGCGAACGCCGGGCUGCGGUUGGGUUCCGACGCAAUUCACGCGGACGUUUGAGCAUUUUUUGCAUGCCGAAAUGACGUCAUCACUUCAUAAGGUCUUCGAUCCUGAAGGAUCUCAAAUACCGAUUCCCCAUGGAAUUGUUCAAGUUAAUGAGCAAUAUUUGUACCCAUCGACGACGCACUCGAUUUUUCCGGCUCCGCCGUCUGAUUUGGACCUUCACAAUUGGGAGGAUGAUGUGAUUUGGGAUCCGGAUGCGAUGCCCGAGAAUCCUGAGCCGAUAAUGCUUAUGGUGGAUUUCAACGACGAUCCGUUGAUAUUUGGAAUGCCUGAGGACAAACGAACCGAUGACGAUCGGCCUGACCGAAAAGAGAAUCAGUAUACGAAGAAAUCGAAGAUGAUAUUGGGACAGGUGCAGCAGCGGCAGAAGCAGGAAGAGGAAGAGCAGAUGGAGAGCUCGAUGGCCCAAUUUACCGAUAAUGAUCCGUUCAAUUUGAGCAAUGAUGAUUAUUAUGUGCCAAAAGGGACCUCAAAAACGCUUGGAUGCAAUUCGCUUCUUAUACAACAUUCGACACCAGCGCAGAACAUCCAUCGCACAUUCUUUCCGACACAUCUUGGCCCUUAUAAAUUGAGGCAUUGGCAUCGAUUGACGCUGUCGCGAAAAUUGUUGCGAUUUUUCGCCUCCAAUCGAUUCACGCAAAUUUGCACCGUCACGAAGCAUAUGAAUCGAAUGAGAGAGAUUCGCGAAAAAAUGAAAGCGGCUGAAGGCGGCGGCGAUAUAUUCUUCAUGAGAGACGUUGCUGAUUUGUCGGGACGAGACGGCGAUUUGAUAAUGAUCGAGUACAGCGAAGAGCAUCCGGUGAUAUUGUCGCAGCCGGGAAUGUCGUCGAAAUUGAAGAACUAUUAUAAGCGGAAGCCCGGAAACGACAUGGAGCCGACGUUCGAUUUUGGCGAGAUGGCGUUCUCGCAUCAAGUGCCGUUUUUGGGCCAACUUCAGCCGGGGCAGAGUUUGCAGAGUUUGGAGAACAACAUGUAUCGUGCGCCGAUAUUUCGACAUACGCCGAAACCGACGGAUUUCUUGUUGAUGAGAAAUAAGAAUAGUUGGUACAUUCGAAAAUGUCCGGCGUUGUUCGUUGCCGGCCAGCAAUGUCCGUUGAUCGAAGUGCCGUCGCCGAACUCGAAACGCGCGACAGUGUUCGUGCGCGACUUUUUGCUCGCCUACAUCUUCCGCUUGUUCUGGGCGUCGGAUCAUGUGCCGCGUCGAUUGAAAAUGGACGAUAUUCGCGUGGCGUUUCCGCAGUACGCGGAGAGCAGCGUUCGAAAACGACUCAAACAGUGUUCGCAGUUCACGCGUCUCGGUCCGGGACCCGAUCAGAGCUAUUGGGUGCUGAAGCCCGAUUUUCGGUUGCCGACAAAAGAGGAGGUUUUGGCGAUGGUGACGCCGGAAAUGUGUUGCGCCCAAUACAGUAUGCUGGCGGCUGAGCAGCGAUUAAAGGACGCCGGCUACGGUGAGAAGUAUUUCUUUACGCCCGAGAAUGAGGAAGGCUCCGACGACGAGGUGACAAUCGAGGACGAGAUCAAAUGCGCGCCGUGGAAUACGACGCGCGCGUUUUUGGCGUCGCAACGCGACAAAUGCCUACUGGAUCAGACGGGCAUCGCCGAUCCGACGGGCUGCGGUCAAGGCUUCUCGUAUGUGCGUGUGUCGCAGAAGCCGCACAAAGAGGAUAUGCCGCCGGUGCCGAAGAAAUUGGUGACGGGCACGAACGCGGAUUUGCGGAAACUUCCGCUGAAAGAAGCGAAGGCGAUAUGUAGGGAGUAUGGUGUCAAAGAGGAAGAGAUCAACGCCUUGUCACGAUGGGAAAUCAUUGAUGUUAUACGAACGUUGUCGACGCAGGCGGCGAAAGCGUCGAAAGAAGGAGAAAAUACUCACGAAAUGGCGCGAUUCGCUCGCGGCAACACGCGAUUCAGUUCGGCCGAUAUGCAGGAGAAAUAUCGAAAGCAUUGUCAGCGAAUUUUCGACCUUCAAAAUCAUACGCUAUCGAAUCCCGACGCGCUUUCGACGGAUGACGACACGUCCGACGAGGAUUCGGACAACGAGGAGUUGGCGUCGCGAAUCGAGCAAAUGGUGCAGGAGAAGGGCAAAAAGAAUAUCGCGAAAUCGAAAGAGCGAAUGGAGUUUGAGGACGAGGAGAAAGAGCGUCAGGAUUUGAAGCGAAUGAUUCAUGGCGACACGGUGAACAAGACCGGCGAGAAGAAGGAGGUGACGGCGGAAGAGAAGAAGAACGCGUCGAAGAUUGGCGAAGACGUUGCGAUGUCGGCGUCGAAGAUUAGCGGGAUCACGGCGAAUCAGAAGCUCAAGAUUUAUCGGACACUUCGGAAUGAGGAUGGAACUGAAAGUACGCGCGUUGAAGUUGUCACUCGACCGCAGCUGAUUGAAGCUUAUACGCGAAUUCGAAUGACGCGCGAUGACACGUUUAUUCAAGUCUACGCGCAAAUGGAUGAGCAGUACAAGGAGGAGAAGCGGAAGCAGAAGCGACGCCUUCAAGACCAACUGCGACGGAUCAAGAAGAAUGAGGAGAAGCAGCUCGGGCGACCGCCAAAGAAUCCGGGCGCUCCAAAGAAGGAAGUGCCGAUCAAGCCGAGUCUGAUCAAAAUGCGAUGCAGCGCGUGCCAGGGCACCGGUCAUAUGAAGACGAAUCGAAAUUGUCCGCUGUAUGGCAAAGAGCCGCUUCCGACGGUUGGCGAGGAGCCGGAAGAGCCCACGUCGUUGGGCGAGAUUCUUUUCAUGGAGGGAACGAAGAUCAAGAUCAACAAGAGGGCGCUCAUGAAUAUGACGGCGGCGGCAUCGUCGUCGUCGACACCGAGCACGCCGACGGCGGCGAAGAAGAGCAAAACGGUUUCGCGUGUCGAAUCGAUCGCUCAUGAUGAGCAGCCGCCGACGGCGGUGAUGUCGCCGAUGGCGACGCGAGCCGAGAACGGCGACGACGACGAUGGUGAGUCGCUAUCGAUGGUGACGCCGUCGACGCCGGCGCCGGCCGCACUUCGCGCGAGUCGAAACUCGAGUGUUGGCGCGUCGAAGAGACGAAGCUCGAUGAUGCCAGAAGAGGAUUAUUUGCAUGGUCCGGUCAAGAAUAUUCAUAGGCUUCGCGCCGAUCCGAGGGUGACGAUGAGCACGUUGCUCACCGAAAUUUUCAACGAGAUGAAAGCGAUUCCCGGCGCCGAUCAUCAUUUGGUUCCGGUCAACGCCAAAAAGGUGCCCGAUUAUUACACGAUAAUCAAGAAUCCGAUGGAUCUUCAAAAAAUUAAGAAGAAGAUCAGCGAUCAGGUGUAUGAGUUGCGCAAAGAUUUUCUCGCCGACGUCAAACAAAUGCUCGACAACUCGCGAUUGUACAACGGCGACAACAAUAUAAUUACGGUGGCGGCGCAACAGAUGCUCGAGCUCGCCGGCAAACGAAUGUGCGAACGCGAUGAGAAGUUUAUUGCGCUCGAGAAGCAGAUCAAUCCGCUUCUCGAUGACAACGACACCGUCGGCUUCUCGCAUCUCCUUUGCGAAAUUGUGCAACGCUGCAAGAAUGUGCCGAAAUCGGCGAUGUUCCACACGCCGGUCGAUCACAAAAAAUGGCCGUUCUAUCAUUUGCGUGUGCCGAAUCCGAUGGAUCUCGGCACGAUCGAGAAGAACGCGAAGCAGCGAAAAUACUCGACGGUCGCCGAAUUCCGCAAAGAUGUUGAACAGAUUUUCAAAAACUCGGAGAUAUUCAAUGGGCCGGCUGAAACGAAUCCGUACACGAUGAAGGCGAGAGAAAUUUUGGCGGUCGCCGAUCAGCUGCUCGAAGAGAAACGCGAGCAGUUGGCCGAACUGGAAGCGAACAUCAAUAACGAUGGAGCGACGAUUCUUGAUGAGUCGAUGGACGAUGAGAUGGACGAUGUGAAGCAGGAGGUGUCGAUCGACAUGGGCGUUCAGGAGUCGGUCGACGAGAUGGCCGAACAGGAGAUGUCGGAUGUGCCGGAUGAGAUGGAGGAGACGGUCGGCGAUGGAAUGCCGCCGAUGGAUGAUGAAGAUUCAAUGAUGUGGGACGACGGAUUAUCCGGACAAGUGAUCAACGAUUUGGCGUUGUCGGAUUCUGAUGAGGAGGAGCGUCUUGAUGAUUUGCGUCGCGCCAACAAUGAUGAUGACAAUCGGCUGGAUUCGUUUUAA